AUGGAGGAAGCCAGCGUCAACAUCUUUGUCACUGUUCAGAAGAUCUACUACCCUUCACUUUGCAUCAUGGGUAUUCCAGCCAACCUCUUCACAUUCUAUAUGGUUUGCUUCCGUAACUGUGGGAUGUCCCACACAGCAACCAUUUACCUGAGCUGUCUGGCCAUUGUGGACACCUUCUACCUGGUGUGGGUGAUCCUUCUUGACCUGACCCUCACCUUUUGGCUACUGCGGCCCUUCUGGCAUUCCCAACCCUGGUGUGGCAUCCUGGGAUUCCUGCAGUAUGGAUCACUGUGCAGCUCCUCUUGGAUAGUGGUGAUAUUCACCAUCGAGCGCUACCUUGUCCUCCGCAGCACAGUAGCCAAGCAGCACUUCUCCCAGCCCUGGGUCACUAAACUGACCUGUAUUGCUGUUGUCCUCGUGUCACAUCUUGUCUCUGUGCCACUGGGCUGGAUCAAUAAUGUCACACCUGUUUCCUCCCUUGUGGACGGGGAGAAUGUGACACAGCCCAGGUGUCAUUACCGCGAUGAGACCUACACUACUGUUAUAGUGUGGAUAACCACCUUCCUCUCUGGAGGAAUACCCAUUGUCCUGGUCAUUAUCUUCAACUACCUCAUAGGAUAUCAUCUUUGCCGUGCCAGCAACCUCUUCACCAAGGAGGAGCGCCGCGUCAUGCAUGGGAGGAGCACCAGAGGCAUGUUGAGGAGGACCAUUCUGCUGCUGGGCACUGUUUCUGUGACCUUUGUUGUUCUCAGCCUUCCUCGUUUUGUCACAUACUGCAUCCUUAGAACCAAGUACAACAACGAGUACUUUGACAGGGACGACUACAGAAUCCCAAUCAAUGUGGCCGGAGACUUAGCCAACAUGCUGCAGAACCUUAACUCCACCACCAACUUCCUGCUCUACUGUAUGGUCAGCCGGCGCUUUCGACGGGAGCUGGUCCAGGUGGUGACUUGUAAGGCAAAGGCACGUGAGCUGGGCUCUUUUCUCACCCAUACUACCAUGAGAGUUUUCUCAGUGAUGGAUCAUAAGGCGUCACCAUCCAACAACCCUGUGACUGUGAAGCUUACUAAUCUCAAACAGACAGAGUAGAAAGGAACCAGAAGAAAAGACAAAUAUCAUAAUGGGUAUAAUCGUUGGAGCCUAAAGGUUUAGCCUUGACCUUGGACGUGUAAUUUUACAG